AUGCGUGCCAGAGCUCCCCUUUUGCUUGUGGCUCUCUCCGCCGCUUCCUGGGCGUUCGAUGAAACACCCACGUCCGCAGUCCCGACUGCCACCCCAACCACCCUGUCUCAAACCUUGAUUUCAGUCAACAAGGCGCCAUACCAGAACAAUGCCAGCGCCUACUACCUUGGAUAUCAUUCUGCGGACUAUGAAAAACCGUUUGCCAAGUACUUCAACCCCCAUGUCGCGCCUAUCAGCGCCGAGGUUGAGAAGGGGAUAACCAUGAGCCCCUAUGCUGCCGCCUUAGCGUACGAAGCUCAUGAAGCGGUUGAGUACAUGUUGCGCCCAGGGUAUCUGGAGCUCGAAAAUGGCUAUGCAGUUACUGAAAAUGGCACAUUGAUGGUUGCCGUUCGCACGGACAUGGGAAAUGUCACGGGUGAAGAAUAUAACUGGUGGUUUGGAUGGCAUCUUGUCGAGUCCGCCAGAUACAAACUCUGGAACCCAGUCGCGCAUCAGUAUGCCUGGCGUUAUCCCAACUCUUUAGAUUGGGCGAACAAGACGUAUCCCGAGCGUUACUUCAACACGUUCUCCUUCAUUGACGAGUAUCUCGGCAACGAUGCCUAUAAACUGACUGUUGCGUUUAUUGACCCCUCCGAACUGGGCUUUGAUCCGUCCGAAUUUGCUGAGCACAACAUUGAAACCAUGGUUGUGGCACAUAUCCAUUCCGGAAGUAAGUAUACCCUGUUCGCUAAGGAAGGCGACUAG